CUCCAGAAGUAGUUUUCAUGAAUGCUGAUGAACAUUAUCAUCAGCAAGAAGAACAAAAUAUUUAUCCAGUUCCAAAGCACAAAGCCGCAAACAAUUCAAAACAAUCUGAAAAAUCCAGUAUUCAAAAAUAUUCUAAAGUCAUAGCCGGAGUUAAUGCCAUAAGAAUGAAUGAUAAAGCUGCUUAUACUAAUCCACUCUGGUGGGGUGUUGUUGAUCUGAGAGAGGAGAAAGUAGCACCAUCUCCAGAUCUUCCUCAUGCAAAACAUUUCCAUUCAGAAACUGAAACCUUGGCCAAAGAAAAUGGAGCUCAUGGGGUUGCAGGAGUUCGUGAUAUACUUGAGAAGGAACACGUAUCAAAGGACUUUGAUGCAUAUGAUGACGAUACAAUAUAUAUAUUGGAAAGUGUUUGUCUGCAGCGUAGAGAUGAAUGGGUUCGCUGUUAUAAUGGUACAUCUGAUUCAGAAUGGACAUGGAGAAAUCAGCAUGUGUCAAUUCAGCAUGCACUGGGACUAUUAUUUUUGGUAACAGCUGUUCAAUCUUUUAUGUUCAUGGAGGCGUUAAAUGCAAAUACUUGA